CAACACACAUGAAGACUUGCCAUUUCUACUCGCUCUUCGGGGAAGAGUUAAAUCUCCAUCAUGAGUAAAUCUAACACGUCAAAAAUAAAGAGUUUAUUUCAUAAAUCUAAGUCACUAGAUAAAGAAAACAAGGAUGGAGAACACUCUAUGUAUUCGGAAUCAUUCAGAGAUGGGGAACCUGCCAAACCGAUCCCAAGAUCUUCGACUUCACCAUCAAGUCCAACAUUUGUUAGCCCACGGGACGCGACGCUGCCGGGCAAUAUGGGACCAACAAGCCCUAGGAAAAAGAAGGCAAAACGAUUCCUAUCAUUCAAGUUAAAGAAUAACAAAUCAAACGACUCUGCAGGAGAUGACCUUUUUUUCAACGAGGAACUUGACAGCUUCAAAAGGCAAAUGAGCUAUGACCAGAUGAGUGUGAUGACAGAAUGCAGCAUGAGGACUGACCUGGAUGAGUCAGACCUCAGACCUGAAACCAAAUCCAUGAUGAACUUGGACAUGGCUCACUUCCGCAGCCCCACUUCUCCCUCCAAGCCCAGAAAGAGCUCAGAUGAGAAGGGGAUGUUGUCCCGCCUGGGAAGUUUCUUCAGCUCCAAGAGGAGGAAGAGCAGAGGCGGCAGAGCUUCAGAAGCCUCGGAUGAUGCUUCUCUAUCGGGCCGCAGCUCUCCCAUCUCCCCAGGUUGUCCCCAAUCUCCAGACUCGGACGGGCAGAAGACCCCCACUCCUUCCCAUAGAGAGAGUGACGUAGCCGGGCUGUGCAUGGCAGAGGUCCAGCCUGGGACGGGGAAAGGAGAAGUGACCAAAUACAGCCCCAGCACAACUAGCCUGGAUUCUCUGCUGGUGGACGAAAGAGACCUUCCAUUCGCAGACAGCGACAGCAGCUGCCAAGGCAGCGUGAGGGAGGUGCAGGUAUGCAAAGUGAGCCCGGUGCAGUCAACCGGAGAGAGGAAGUCGGGGAAUGUCACUCCGACUACUUUUGCCUUUCCCUUGUCUACGUCUUCGAGGGCUGAGUCACCAAUAGAGCAUGACCUCACUAAGGCAACUGUGGUGGAAGUGAGCAAGAGGCUGCAGAUCCAUCUGGAAGAAACCACCUUGAGGAACGAGGAGGGCGAGGGUACGAUCACCCUCAAGUCAUUCAAAAUCCCCCUUGCCAAAUCUGGUGAAACACCAAAGUCGCCUAAAUUGACUUCUAAUAGCACAGAGUCUAAAAUAAGCUCUCUGAAAAUUGCUGGGUGGGGAACAGCUCAGCCAAACAAUCCAGCCAGGGGAAGGAGGAGCUCUGAAACAAGAAGGGCUGUACAGUCCACAAGUAGCACGUCUGAGGAAACCAUAACCCCAAUACAGAGCUCCUUGCCUGGGACAAAGGAGGAGGGGAAGCCGGGCUCAGAAGAGAAGCUCCAUAAAGCAGUGUGGGUGGAAACAUACCUGGGAGACGAGAAAGGGGCACAGGAGGGUAGGGAGAAAGAGAGGGAGGAGGGCCCUGGAGCAGACUCGCCUCAAGCGGUAACCACACCUGUUACAGUCAUUUCGGUACAGGACUUCGAUACCCAGGGUGCCUCAGCCAUCUCCACCCUGUCAGCAGCAGAGUCCCAUGGCAGAGAACUGUCUGUUCCCGCAGCGCCAGCUUCCACGGAGCUCCAAACAACCUCUCCUCGGCAGGGAGUUUCCAAGUCACGUAUUAACUCAGAUACGAGCUCCUCUCUAGAGAAGGAGGACAGAGCUGCCACUCUAACUCAACUUUCUCACAGUGUAAAGGUGUUGGCCAAGAAGGUUUACAUUAGCCGGGAGCCCAGUUUGGAAGGAGAAGAGCAGGUAGAGAAAGAAAAGGACAAAAGCCUUGAUUACUCUCAGAAGUCGGAGCUGGAACUGCCACCAAACCUCAAAAUCACAAAUAACCAACCUAACCAUGACUCCAGCAGUGCAGAGAAGACAUCUGAACAUACAGACACUGAGUUAAACCUGCAUGUUCAGACUGCCAUAGCAGACAGUUCAACAAAGACAACAAGAACAGCCUCAAAGGCCUCUGAUAUGGAUGACACUUCAGACAUGCCAGGACAGAGGACACAGUCACAUGCUGGAGGGUCAGGGGUGAAGGGUCAGUGUGCCUCCCCUACAAAACCAGAGGCUCAAGUAGGAACAGGCAGCAGGCCAGGUGGGACAAGUGUGGUGAAAAGCAAACCUCCGCCAAAGGUCAAACUCAAAGGUCUCGUUGCAAAGACGAAGGUUGUGACUCCCAAGAAAGAUGACAGCGAGACAAAAGAGGCCAUGUCACCUUUGUCAGAGGAGCCAUCAGCUGUAGUCAGAAGUGAAGAAGUUGUGGUCACUAGCCCUAAGUCUAGAAUCCCCAAAAAGUCAUUCGAAAAGUCUUUAGACGAUCCAUCCAAACCAGCAACAGAACAAGAUGCAACCUCAGGGGGUUAUGUUUCAGAGUCAGUUAUUUCCAAACCAUCAACGCCUCCAAAACCAAAAGAGUUAAUUCUGAAGAAUCCUGUAACCUCAAGCACGGUAGACCGGAAACCUAUUUUUGAACAUGUAAAGGGAGGAAGUUCAGGAGGAAAAUCCACUAGAGUGUCUGUUCAGUCAGGUGAAGUGUUACCUGCUAAAGUACCAAGAUCUGUCACUAAGCUCAGGAAAGAUAAAAGUGAAGAGAAUACCUCUACUGGGGAACCUAUUAAUGGACUGGUGACUGAUACUAAGAAUGCCAACACAGUUCAUAGCACAGAAAAACUGACUCCGUCAAAGGACAGUCCCGUUAAAACACAAAUACCAAAAAGCCGGUUACCCAAAGUUCAGGAACAAUCUUCAUCUUCGGUGAGGAAGAGGAGUAACAGCAAACCCCAAUCCAGUGACCCAGAGAGCCUGAAGACCGGUCAGACAGAGUCGGGGGUCACAGGUGUGCCCUCCACACCCACCAGUCCUAAACCGCUAGAGCUUCUCCUCUCAGAGAAAAAACUGUCUGCUGAGAAAAAGCCCUAUGAGACUUCUGAGAAAACUGGAAUCACGCUAUUCGGCCCUUUGUCAAGGAACAUGCCCAAGCAGCCUCCCAAUAAAAGAAGUGCCAGUGAGGAGGGUGACCCGCCAACCCCAGCCUCACCAACUACAGCAGAGAAGCCCUCCCCUUUGAGAGGAAAGGAACAUAGUGAUGUCACAACACCAGCUGAUGACUGCAAGGCCAAGAAGGAUGCAAUGUUGUCACCAAAGCAAACUGGGAAAAGUCCUGAAAGGACAGAACAGGUGAAAGACCCAAGUGAUGUUUCGUGUUCAGCAAGCAAACUCCCUACGCUACGUCAAAAGAGCCCCACCAAAACUUUAUCCAGCACACCUCUGAAAAUAAUUCCCCAGGCUGCCACACCCCCCGCAUCUCAACAGAAAACCACCAUCUCCCAGAGUUCCUCUAACACACAGGCUGCAACUGAACCAAUUACUGAUCUACAGGAUUUAGUUAAGGACAGUGUCAGUGUUAGCACUGAUAAAGCAUUAUCUCAGACUGAAAUUGAAUCUGUGCAGCAUGAACAGCAAAUCACGUCAGAAAAACCUCUAGUAACUAUGAACAAUGAUUCAGGGAAGGACAAAUUAAGUAGCAAAACUGACAUCAAAGGUGAGUUUGUUAACACUCAAGUAAAACAGCAUCAAACGGAAGCUGGAGAGCCUUCACCCAGACCAGUCAGAAGCAUAGAACCUAAAGACCUAACAGGUCAGUCAUCAGUAACGGAAAUCAAAACUAAACCUGAUGCCAAAGUUGAAAUUAAUACACAUCCUGAGCAAGUCCAAGUCGUGAAGCCAAGUGCUACAAAGGUACAACAACCAAAAUCACCAGAAGAUCCUCCACAGGAACAUGCUGAAAAGGGUGAGCAUGUGAAAACUGUGUCAGAGCUGUCAGAGCAGGCAGGAACUGUCGACCUGUGUUCAGUCCAACAUAACAGCCCAUCUGACCCAGGCGCCAUUGUAUCAGCCUCUCACAAGGAAGUAAUAGAUACACAGGUUAAACCUCUGCUGAUGGACGUAAUUCACAGUGGCAUUGAGACCCAAUGUCAUCAGAGAAAAGUAGCUUUGUCUGAGAUUUUGCCCAUCCCGAUAGAUGAGCUAAACAAGGAGAAACAGCCUGUUAACAAAACAGUAAAGGACUUGAAUGAAUUUUCUGGUAGUAGCAAAACUGACAUCAAGGGUGAGUUUGCUAACAUUCAAGUAAAACAGCAUCAAACGCAAGCUGUAGACCCUUCACCCAGAAGAGACAGAAGCAUAGAACCUAAAGACCUAACAGGUCAGUCAUCAGUAACGGAAACAAAGGGUUCUAUGGAGGACCAAAUCAAAACUAAACCUGAUGUCAAAGUUGAAAUUAAUACACAUCCUGAGCAAGUCCAAGUCGUGAAGCCAAGUGCUACAAAGGUACAACAACCAAAAUCACCAGAAGAUCCUCCACAGGAACAUGCUGAAAAGGGUGAGCAUGUGAAAACUGUGUCAGAGCUGUCAGAGCAGGCAGGAACUGUCGACCUGUGUUCAGUCCAACAUAACAGCCCAUCUGACCCAGGCGCCAUUGUAUCAGCCUCUCACAAGGAAGUAAUAGAUACACAGGUUAAACCUCUGCUGACGGACAUAAUUCACAGUGGCAUUGAGACCCAAUGUAAUCAGAGAAAAGUAGCUUUGUCUGAGAUUUUGCCCAUCCUGAUAGAUGAGCUAAACAAGGAGAAACAGCCUGUUAACAAAACAGUAAAGGACUUGAAUGAAUUUGCUGGUAGUUUAGCCAAAAAUGUUACCGAUGAUUCUCAAAUGAAAGAGAGUCAGGAUGAGGCACUACUGUCAACGACUGGUUCACAGGGGGCAUCACAGAAGUUAACUCUCGUCCCAACCCAAGAAUGCCCAAAUGCUUUGUCCGUGGAUUCUUUGGAAGCGAGUGACUCACAGAAGAAGGGAGAAAGGGUUAAGAAGAUGGACAGGAAGCCAGAGGAACCCUCAGAUGUUCCCACAGAGAACGCUAUUGUUCAGAAACCAGUUGAGAACGAUGAUCUCCUCAACAAAGAGGCUUCUUUCGCCCAAAUGAAUUCAGCUGAAUCAUGUACCAGAAACGAGAAAAAGGCUAAACUAGAGGACAAGCCAAGUCAGGCUACAACAGAGGAGACUACUUGUGAAAUCCCUCCUCAACAGCAGCCAAAGACUGUAAUUGACCAAUCGGAACGGGAAGAUACAAAAUCCAUUGGAGCCAAAGCGCAGAAGGAGGUAACAGAAAAAAAAGUAGAGAGCAGACUUGGUGAUGUUGCACUUCAAACGACAGUUAUUGCUAGUGAUACAAAACUUGAAACUGAGACGAUCAACUUGACAGCUUACAACAAGCAGAGCACAACGAAACAAGAGCACAAACCACAGAAGUUAUGUACUGAAAGUGCAGUUGAUAAGAUGGACCCAAAACGGGAAUCACAGACCUCCAAGGUCAGUAACGUUUAUGGAGAGACGAUCCUCAAUGAACCUCCAAAGCCUGCAAAGACGCCUUCCAAGAUGGAAGAGUUCCUGAAAUACUCAAUUAUCCUGAAAUCCAAAUAUCCUCCUGAAACUUUGCAUCCAGGGCAGGACUCCCCUUCUAGCUGGCUGGAUGUGGAGCGUGGCCCCAAACCACACGGAAAGAAGGUAGCCAAGAAGAGACUGGAUUCGGCAGCCAGUGAGGAUGAAAGUCUGGAGCCAGAAAACAGGGAUGUCUUCAUCAAAAGUAUCAAGGAAGGGGGGAUCCCAUUUCCUCUUCCCCCAAAGAGGGUCAGACAAGCAAAGACACUCCCACCACCUUUUGUCAUGCCUGCCAUCAAAGAAGGCUGCUUCGAGAUGCCCUUCAACUCUGAGGGGUUCGAGUUCGGCCUUCGAAAAAAGAAUAAGCGUCAGGAUGACCUUUCGCCAGCUAUGGUGAUAAAGAUGCAGGGCUCAAACCGGCAAGUGAAAACCCAGGCCAAACGGUCAAGCAGAGAAAAUAGUAUUCUCUUCAAAUCCCUCCAGAUGCGAAACCCAGGAAAAUCACUGGACCAAGGGGAAGGCAAAGAGUCAGAAAUGGAAGAGAAUGUAGAAGUAAAGAAGGAAGAGGAAAAGGAGAAGGGAGAAGAACCUGCCAAGCUCUCCUCUCGGCUCGAGAGGAUGUCCAUUCUCUCCAGCCUCAGGAGUUCCCCCAGGACCUCAAGAAAGAACAAAGAGGCAUUAACAGACCCACAGGUUAAACCUCUGGUGACUGACAACAUUCACAGUGACAUUGACGUUGCCUCAUCCUCAAACGGCCCACUCAGCUACAGAAGCCAGGAUUUCUUUUCCCCUGGGAACCCUGUCAAAGACCUUAUUUCCCAGUCUGGAAAUGAGCCAGGCAAGGUUGGAGUGAAGAGUGUGGAUCCGAGCCUGCGUGUGGGUGUGGGUUUAGGUGACUCAAUGAACAGCUCCUCCUCACCUCCUCCUCUUCCCUCAUUCACUGAGAUAAAACUUCCGGAUCUUGUAGGGCAAUACCUUAAGAAGGACAACGGUGUGGGGAAAGCUGCAGAGAGUUCUAAGCAGAGUAUUGCCCCUAAAGAGAGGGCUAACACCAGUGUUAUGGAGGUAGAAAAGACACAUGGACUCCAUACUGAUGUGCACCUAAAGGGCCUUGCAGGAGCGUCUACAGCUUCCAACCACGUCCAAAAAGCCUCACUGAAUGCACUCCCUGAAGCCAAAACUCAGAUUCCUGAAGUAAGAGGGUUCCACAAACGUCCUGGAAAGCUCGUCAUCCAUGAGAAUGUCCAGUGUGGAGGACAAGCAUAUGAGCUUUACUGUGAUAUGGAGGAUGCCACCAUGAUGAAACUUUCACCCGUCAUCUCAGCCAGGGUCAUUAGAGGAUGCUGGAUCCUGUAUGAAAAGCCAGGAUUCCAGGGGCGUACCAUUGCUCUUGAAGAGGGAACCACAGAGCUACCCAACAUAUGGGGAGAGGAGGUGGACAGCAAGGCACAGGAUGAAUUGGGCCAGCCCAUUCUAACAUCGCCCAUGGUGGUUGGUUCUGUUCGUCUGGCUGUGAGGGACUACAGUGUCCCACGGAUUGACCUGUACGCUGAGGUCAACGGAAUGGGGAGGAUGUCAUCUUACUGCGAUGACACCAUAGAGGCCGGCUCAUUCGGCGUCCCACAGAACACCGGCUCCAUUAAAGUCCACUCUGGAGUCUGGCUAGUAUGGAGUGAUCCUGGUUUGGCAGGUCUUCUGGCAGUGCUGGAGGUGGGAGAGUACCCCUGCCCAGAGGCCUGGGGUUUCCCACAGCCCUUCAUUGGGUCUCUUCGACCGCUCAAAAUGGGUGGAUUGAAGGUGGAAAGUCCCAAUGAAGUAAAGGCCAUGGUGUACGAGAAGCCCGGGUUUAAGGGCAAGUGCAUGGAGAUCGACGGUGACGUGUACAACCUGGGAGAGGGAGAGGAAUCAGCGGAGGAAGAGGAGGAGACAGAGGGGAUGCGGAAGUCACUGAGUUCCGUCGGGUCUAUCAAAAUCCUCGGUGGGCUCUGGGUGGGCUUCAACCAGCCAGAGUUUGAGGGUCGUCAGUUCCUCCUGGAGGAGGGAGAGUACACAGAAUGCAGGGAGUGGGGGGGCUACGGCGACACGCUUCUAUCACUACGUCCUGUGCUCUCUAAUUUCCUGGCCCCGCAUUUGAAGGUUUUCAGUGAGAGGGACUUUGGAGAACGGGGGCUAAACGUGGACCUGCUGGGGCCUGUUUUAAACAUGGAGGACACAGGGUUUGGUACCAAGACACAGUCCAUCAACGUGCUGGGUGGAGUAUGGGUGGCCUUUGAGAACUCGGGGUUCGCUGGGGAACUCUAUGUUCUGGAGAAGGGACUCUAUGGAAGCCCGGAGGACUGGGGGGGCCGGAACCUCAGGAUCUCCUCAGUUCAACCUGUUUUCCAGGAUAACCUAGUUGGAUCAAACAAGUUUAAGGUACUGCUGUACCCGGAGCCAGGGUUCCAGGGCACAGCCCUGGUGCUGGAGGACAGUGUUGCCACCCUGGAUGAGGCCUUCUCCCCAUGCUCCUGCAGGGUGCUGGCUGGCAGCUGGGUGGCGUAUGAAGGGCCCCAGUGUACAGGUCAUAUGUAUGUGCUUGAGGAGGGAGACUACCAGACCCCAGAGGCCAUAGGCUGUCUAGGACCUGACUUCACCAUCUGCUCCAUACAGACUCUGGGACACGAGUUCUCUCUGCCCUCCAUCACCUUGUUUUGUAAGGCUGGCUGCAGGGGGCGUCGGACAGUGUUGGCAGCUGGAGUGGUGAACCUAAAGCUAGCUGGACUGGAUGGACACAUACGCUCCCUAGUGGUCGACGGAGGAAUGUGGGUGCUGUAUGAGAAUUCAAACUAUCGCGGACGCCAAUUCCUGCUACAGCCAGGACAAAUAGGGGAUUGGUGCAAGUUCAGCAGCUGGCAGCAAAUAGGCUCCCUCCGUCCACUGUUACAGAAGCAGGUGUACUUCCGUCUGCGGAGCAGGGAGACUGGCUGCGUGAUGACCCUGUCAGGUUCCAUAGAUGACAUCAAGCUGAUGAGGGUGCAGGCUCUGGAGGAAACUGGCGGGGUGGAGCAGUUGUGGCUGUACCAGGAUGGGCUGCUGUACUGCAAGCUGGUGGAGGACUGUUGUCUGGAAACAACAGGUAGCAUGGUGAUGGCAGGCAGCAGGUUGAAUGUGUCCCCAGAGCUGGGAAAGGAGGGUCAACUGUGGAAUGUUACUCCUGAUGGCUUAGUUCGGAAUGACCUCAAACCUGACCUAGUCCUGGAGGUUAAAGGUGGUCAACAGUAUGAUAAACAUCAAGUGAUUCUUAAUACUUUUGAUGAGAGCAAACAGAACCAACGAUGGUCCCUGGAGAUUAUAUAAUGGAGUUUCAGACAGUUUUAUUGAUGCCCUGCUGUGGGACUGCUUUCUAAUGGAUCCCUGUCAUCGAACCCAGUGAUCUCUGACACCUGCUAUGGAGGAUUGAGCUCUGUGAUGCAGCUCCACCACCAGAAACUGUUGUCUGUACAAGCUAGGCUAAGUGCUCUAAUGGUUAGUGAUUCACAUUUGCUUUCAAAGCGCUGCACUGCAAAACUGUCAUCCAACUGAACAUGGAGAUACAUUUUUUAUACUCUGGACUUCUUUUUAUACUCCUCAAUUCACAGACAGAACCAUGUUUCUACAAUAAGAUCCUCCUAAAAAACAAAGUAAAAGAUGGCACAACUGUUGUUUACAAUGCUUUAUCAAUGACAUCCAGUAUACUGGAUAGUGGAUACUGUUACUAUGACAGUUCAUUGGUUAGUUUUUCUUCUUAGCUUAAGUCUCCAACUAUAGCAGAGCAUUCCAAACAGGACAUACUUUCUUGCUGUAUCUGAAGCAAACUUGAGUUUCACACACCAUAUCAAUGCUGCUUGGCUUAAUCACUUCCUUGAUGCUACUGUUUGUUAUAUCACAGUACAUGAAGACAAAGAUGAAAAUUCCACAAAAAGGAAGUUUUUAAUUUUCAAGUGUAUAAACUAUAGUUGCAGAUUUAAGUAUAUGAGUGUUGGGUGUAUGCUGCAGAUUUCAUUAAACACUGUUGCAAUUUCAGCUUUAUACUACAGUAAAAUAUACUAUAGUACUACUACUGGGUCUUAAAUGUAAACAUGCAUAUAAUAAAAUUGCUGUUGUGUUUGAAAAUAAUAAACAGCAUUUGUUUUGUU